ACACUGCUUAUCCACAUUUCAACCACACGUGUGUAGAAACAUCUUAUUGCCUGAACUGAGGCAAUGAAUGCAGCCUACUAACAAUGUAGAAAGGACGAUUUUGCAUGAACCGAGAACUUCUUCAGAUUUCUAACUAGCAAAUUAUGUCGUCUAUAAUAUGGAGACAGUUGUCUACGUUUUCAUCAGGAUCUCGCUGAAAAUUUGUUUUUUGCCAAGGCAACGAACUAGAUUUCGCCACCCCCUCGUGGUUCCAGUCACUCCUCACAGUCCUGUCUUGGAGGGCUGGUUAGGAGGUCAUUUUUCGUGUUAGAUUCACAACUAGCAAUGAUGCUUCGACAUUUUCUAAAUGUGAGGUAAACUGUUGCUAACGUUACAUAUCAAAUGUAAGAAGCGGAGGGCCACUAACGAAUGCAUCAAUCAAACAUUAAUUUAAGCCAGUGAGAUUGGAGUUUGAAGACGGAGCCCAUCCGAUCCUUUCCCCGAACCUGGAUAUCGGAAUGGUGGCUUGGAGCACCGAUAAUCUGGACACUUCCGGGGAGCCCGCUACCCGCUCCGUGGGCACCACUGCCAACUUGAAGGGGAAGAUGAGCAAGAGGCUGUCUGUUGUGAAAGGCCACUUCCCUAAGCUCGUUGACUGUGCCCACUUCCACUAUGACAAUGUGGAGUUUGGCUCCAUCGAGUUGCAGUUUGCGAACGAGCAGAGCGAUGCCAGCUGGAACUCGGGCUCUGCCAAAGACCUGGUUUUCCUGGUGCAGGUGUCCUGCCAGGCUAAGACGUGGAUGGUUCGGCGCUCCUAUGAGGAGUUCCGUACUCUGGACGCUCACCUCCACCAGUGUAUCUACGACCGGCGUUACUCCCAGCUGCUGCCCCUGCCACCCCUCAGCGAGAUCGGGGACAGGGUAGAGAUCUUCACCCCGCUGCUGUCGGAGUACCUGAGCCGCCUCUCCAUGAUCGUGGACAACAAGCUCAACUGUGGGCCUGUGCUCACCUGGAUGGAGAUUGACAACCGUGGGAAUCGGUUCCUCCUGAAAGAGGAAGCUUCGCUCAACGUUCCCGCCAUCGCCGCUGCUCAUGUCAUCAAGCGCUACACGGCGCAGGCCAGCGACGAGAUCUCCAUUGAGGUGGGAGACAUCCUGUCUGUAAUUGAUAUGCCACCCAAAGAGGACUCCAACUGGUGGAGGGGGAAGCAUGGCUUCCAGGUGGGCUUCUUCCCCAGUGAGUGUGUGGAGCUCAUCAACGAGAAGCCUCAGUCCGCCGCUAAAAUAGAUGGCGAUCCAGCCAGCUCUAACACCAGCGCACCAGGACCUCCCUCUCCUACAUCCGUUUCUAAGAAGCACGGCAAGCUGAUGGGAUUCCUGCGCACCUUUAUGAAGUCCAGGCCCACCAAGCAGAAGCUCAAACAGAGAGGCAUUCUUAAGGAGAGGGUGUUCGGCUGCGACCUGGGAGAGCACCUCCUCAACUCAGGACUGGACGUUCCACAGGUUCUGAAGAGCUGCUCAGAGUUCAUAGAGAAGCAUGGUGUGGUGGACGGCAUCUACAGGCACUCUGGAGUCUCCUCCAACAUUCAGAAACUCCGACAUGAGUUUGACAGUGAGAACGUUCCAGACCUGACCAAGGAUAUGUACAUGCAGGACAUCCACUGUGUGGGGUCCCUGUGUAAGCUCUACUUCAGAGAGCUGCCCAACCCCCUGCUCACCUACCAGCUCUACGACAAGUUUGCUGACUGUAUGGGAGAGAUGACGGACGAUGAGCGCAUGGUGAAAGUACAUGAUGUCAUCCAGCAGCUUCCACCACCGCACUACAGGACCCUGGAGUACCUCAUUAGACACCUGGCUGGUCUGGCCACCUGCAGCGGAGAGACCAACAUGCACAUCAAGAACCUGGCCAUCGUCUGGGCCCCCAACCUGCUCAGAUCUAUGGCGAUCGAGGCAGUGGGUCUGAGUGGUGCUGACCCGUUUAAGGAGGUGCGGAUCCAGUCUGUGGUGGUGGAGUUUCUCCUCGGUCACGUGGACGUGCUCUUCAGUGACUCCUUCACCUCUGUAGGACGCUUCAGAGGCACAGGGCGGCACUCUCUGACCAGGCCCAAGUCCUUUGUGUCCACCAGGCUCCUCUCCCUAGAAGAGGCCCAGGCCAGGACACAGGCUCCUCUGCUCCUCCAGGGGGCGCCAGUCCAGUUUCAGGGCCAGUUCCACACCGUGCUGGACCACCCUGUCGACAGGAGGAAGAGAGGGCUGAAGGUACGGAAGGCAGCUGGAGGGAGCUGGAAGACGUUCUUUGCGAUCGGGAAGCCCCUGGGGGCGGGGCAACGUAAACCAAUGAGGAUCAGCUCCCUGUUCCAGCCCGCCACCUCACACGCAGGCUGCCAUGUGGACAGUGUGACCAUGCGUUCAGCUAAGAGUGAGGAAUCCUUAUCGUCCCAGCACAGUGGAGCAGGACAGUUGAACCGUCUGCGGCGGCCCCGCUCCAGCAGUGAUGGUCUGUCUUUGGCUGCCUCCAUGGACCCCCAGCACCUGCCCCAGCGCCCCCCGUCCCGCCUGCCUUCCAGCCGCUCGUAUGACAGCCUGCUGCCUGAGGACCGCCGGCCCAGGGACGAUGGAGACAAUGAGGAGGAUGAAGACGAGGAAGGCAUCUACAUGCUGCCUGACUUCUCCAACCAGGACCCGGCUGCUUCCUGGAUGGCCGAGGACGUCAUUGACUUCAGUCCGACCUUCCUGGAGGACGGACCAAUCGGCUUGGGCAGCAGCGUAGUCACCGCGGGCGGCAGAGAGUCCCCGCCCACUGCCACGCCCCCUCCCUACCGCUGCCUCAGCCACCAAGGACACUCUCACUCCAGCAGCCAGCGCUCAAUCACAGAGGACCCCGACUCGGUGCUCAACCAAUCGGAUGCGGCCGUCAGGAGAAGUCUGAUCAUCGCCGCCACAGCCCCGCCCCUUCAGGUGUUCUGUCAACACAGACCGGCCAAUACCAGCCCAUCUGCCGGCCAAUCAGGGGAGGGUGCCAACCUGAGUACCUCACACAGUGCCAGGGCCAGCCCACUACACCUGUGACCUCUGCCCCCUCUGCUCAGCCCCCACCAGAGAGAAGAUCUUUCACCCGGAAGAUGGUGAAUGCCUUCUCACAAAAAUCCCCCAAGUCCCCUACACUGGACAUCUCUGACCCUGUCUCCAUCAGCGUCCCUGCCAAGGUGUUGGACAUGAUUGGCGGGCGAGCUGGCGAAUUACAGCCUGGCAUCCCGAGCAGCGGCCCCUCCCAGUCGCAGCCUCCUCAGAUGAUCUCCAUGCUGCUGAGGUCAUGUGACUUCCAGCUGACGGAGAGCUGCCAGCAGGAGAUCCGCAGCAAACUGGGCCCCGAGGCCAAGAUCAGAGGACAGG